UCAUCUUCCUUCUGGUAAAUCGAUGGGCUUCUCUAAGGGCUUGUUUGAGUCUAAAGAGUUGGUUACUUAAACUGAAUUUAAACCAGAGUGCUCUUUUGUAGUGGCAAUUAUACCAGGCACGAGUGACUUUUGCUGCCAUCAGCACUGUCUUUUGAAACAAUCAUCCUGACUGCUGUUCAAAGAAGUAAAUUCUUUCUCUCACCCUCCUGUCUGCCCAUGGAAGCGCAGCCCUUCCUCCUACUGCUCCAUCGUGUUCUGUGCAACUGCAUUGUUCUUUGUCCAGUCUUCGCCAUCUACAAAGAUCAGCAUUGAUUUUAUUUUCAUUUCCAAAUCACUGCUGAUCUGACUCCCUUUAACUGCCACUGCCAUGGUUUACCUUCAUAAAAUUCAGAUGGUCCCUUUCACCCAGUAGAAAAGAGCUCUGUGCCUUUAUUCUUUUUCCCUUUUUAACUGGUUUGCCAAAAAGUAAGUCAACAUCUACCAGAAAGGCAUGGAGAAGUGUGCACCUUUCUUAAUCCAGCCAAGCCAGGCAGCAGAUAUUUCCUUUUGGCUCAACCUGGUCCCAGGUUCUCCCCGUUUGGCCACUCCCAGGUCAGACCCAGCUGAUUCCUGCCCUGCUGCAGAUGCUAUAUAAGACUGGCUACUUUCCUAGUCUCACCAGUUCUGCAGAGAUGUCAGGUAUAAAACUGAGAAUUGCUCUCCUAGGAUCCCUCGUCACAUCCUGCUUGGUUGGGGCAUCAGACUCCUCGUUAAACAAGGGCUCAGAAGUACUGUCAGACUCAUUUAUCCUGAAGAGCAUUAGUGAAGCCAAGCAGCAGGUGGAUGCAGCGUAUUUACGAGCUCGGAAACACUUACAGCAAAAACUAAGGGAAGAGUUUCCCAGCCCGGUGGAUUUCCUGAGGCACUUAAAGGAUCCAGUAGGAAGAACCAGAUCUGCAGUCCGUGCUGCCGACUACUUGGAAACUACUUUGAAGCUCCUCAAAAGAAAGCUGCAGCAGUCUGGGAGGAUGAGAUUCAACAUUACAGACCUAUUGGAUAGGAAGCAGAAGGAGAUGAUUUCCAAAGAAACUGGCUGUGACUAUCAGAUCCGCUCCAUUAAAUGCCCAGAGGAUGACACUUACCGGACUAUUACUGGAGAGUGCAACAACAGAAAGGAACCUCACUUGGGGGUUUCCAACCACGCAUUUGCUCGAUGGCUCCCAGCAGCAUAUGAAGACGGAGUGUCUGUUCCCAGAGGUGCAAGCGAAGGAAAGCUUUAUAAUGCAUUUCCACUCCCACUGGUUCGAAAAGUGUCUAAUGAAAUUGCUCAUACAGCCAAUGAGAACAUCACUCAAGAUCAAGAGCUUUCUCUUUUCUUCAUGCAGUGGGGCCAAUGGGUCAACCACGACAUAGACUUGGCCCCUUCCAGUGGCAUGGGAGCGAACCCGGAGCUUCACUGCGAUGCUGACUGCACCUUCAGGUCCCCUUGCUUCCCAAUUAAGUUCCCCCCCGAUGACCCGCGGAUGCUGAGAUCAAAUUCCUGCAUGCCGUUCAUCCAGUCGGCUUCCGUCUGCAAUCCCCGGACGUUCACUCGCGAGCAGAUCAAUGCCGUCACCUCCUUCAUUGAUGCCAGCAUGGUGUACGGCAGCGAGGAGUCUGUGGCAAAGAGCCUUAGGAAUCAAACAAACCAGCUGGGUCUGAUGGCUGUGAACCAGAAUUUUACUGAUGCUGGGUUGGAAUUAUUGCCCUUUGAGAACAAAACAAAAAGUGUUUGUGUACUCACAAACAAGAGCACGAACAUCCCCUGCUUCAGAGCUGGUGACAAACGGGUAACAGAGAACUUGGGACUUUCUGCUCUGCACACUGUCUUUCUCCGAGAGCACAAUCGCCUGGUUACAAAGCUGGGGAAGUUAAAUCCUCACUGGGAUGGAGAAAAGCUUUACCAGGAGAGUCGAAACAUCAUAGCUGCCAUGACCCAGAUAAUAACAUACAGAGAUUAUCUACCACUUCUGCUUGCAGAGGAGACCAGCAAGUGGAUACCCUUGUACAGCGGCUACCAUGAGACUGUGGAUCCGACAGUGUCAAAUGUUUUCUCCCUGGCCUUCCGAUUUGGUCAUACCUCAGUGCAGCCUUUUGUAUCCCGUUUAGAUGACAGCUUUCAGCCUAUGGGUUCACUUCCCCACGUCCCUCUCCAUCUGACGUUUUGUGCAUCAUGGAGAAUUAUAAUGGAAGGUGGCAUCGACCCACUGAUACGUGGCAUGGUGGUUGAUCAUGCAAAACUGAUGAAACAGAAUCAAAUGCUCAUUGAGGAGCUCCAGAACCACCUUUUUGAACAAACAGAGAUAAUGGGUCUGGAUCUAGCAGCUCUGAACUUGCAGCGGGGAAGAGACCACGGACUUCCAGGUUACAAUGCCUGGAGGCGCUUCUGUGGGCUCUCCCAGCCUCAAACAGUGGAUGAGCUCUCUGAGGUGCUGGGCAAUACCGAACUGACCAAGAAGCUCAUGGACCUGUAUGGGACACCGGAUAAUAUUGACCUCUGGAUUGGGGCAAUUGCAGAGCCCUUAAUUCCCCGUGGCAGAGUUGGGCCCCUCCUGGCUUGCAUCAUUGGCACUCAGUUCAGGAACUUGCGUGAUGGAGACAGGUUCUGGUGGGAAAACCCAGGAGUUUUCACUCCGCAGCAGUUGGAAGAACUGACAAAAAUCUCCAUGUCAAGAGUGAUUUGCGACAAUACCUGUAUCAAAAAGUUACCCAGGGACAUGUUCAGGGCCAGCAGUCCCGAGAACUUUGUUGACUGCCAUGAGAUUGACAUGCUCGAUCUCUCAGCCUGGAAAGAUGAGCCUGAGAGGGGCAGCAAAGGUACGUAGGAGAUUUCCCUUGUUCAAAUGCUCUCCAAGAAAGAAUAUAAAAGAAUUAAGAAAGAAGGAAAAGAAUUAAGGUCAUCGUGGUGAUCCUGCCCCCAGGCACACUUUGACCAUCCUUUCAGCCCCACUCAGACUGCCAUCAGCCUGAUCUCCUUGCAGCCUGAUAUCCUUGGAGGAUAACUCUUCCUCUUCAACCAGAUGGAAAAUCCCUGACAAUCCAAUCUGUCUGAGUCCCUGUGAAUGUGUCCUUCCCUCGAGCAAUGUACUUCAAGUCAGGUAAUCUAUUCCAGCAUAGCUUGAGUCUUUACAGGAAAGAUGUCCAUGAAGAAAUCAGCCAGGAUUACUCAAUCUGCUUCAAACUUCUUCUCUGCCAGACUAAGUCUUUGCAUUUCCCUUGCCUUCCCUAAAGCUUCACAGUAUUUUGAGGAGUAUUUGGAGCUAUUUUGACAAUGCGUGGCCUGACACAACAGUAGUCUAACACUCACAGCCAUGAUUAUGACACAAGACAGUACAGGAGUGCCUUUAUAUAUAGAACAGCCAACUACAUGUGUCCUCUUACUGACGUACUUUGGCAUAAGCUCUUCCAGCUGGAAAUGGAUGUGAAGAGAACAGAAGUUUGCAGAAGACCCAGCAGGAGGAGUUUUUCCUUCUAGCAACCCACAUAUGGAUUAUCACGCUGGGAUUGCCUGCGUUGUCCUUCUGCACGGAGCACAGAUAUCUCCAUGCAGUUCCCAUGGUCGGUUUCAUUCACAGUAUGUGAGAGGGAUACCACUAUGUGAGAAAGACAUUGGGUGUGAGGGCUGAAUUGUGGUGACUGCUUUGGGAACCUAACUGAGGUGUCACUUCCCUUCCCUCUGAACAGUAGCAGCUUCCUGAUUGGUUUAUGAACUUCAUCUUAUGGUCAGUGAAACGUUGAGCUGCUUCCUGUGACCUUUUUAUCACCAGGCUGGGAGGAAGCUGAGCUGCCUUUGCAUAACCCGGCAGCAGUGAAAUUGCAGGGCACUGAAAACCAACAGCUCAGAGUGAAACUUCCUCAAGCACCAUGAGUUUGUCCCAAAAAACACAAUCCCAAAGGGCCUUCAGGUCCCAGGUCACCAAAGGUACUUUUUGACCACAGUGUCUCAGAGGUGAAACAAGACACAGCUGAACCAGGCUAUCUGCCAUGGUGUUCCCACUGGCCUAUUGCUAUUUUAAGCUAUGCAGUCACAUAGAAAUAUGGAGAGAAGUAGUUGUCCAGCAAAGACUUUCUGAUGCUCAGUAGCCCUUUCUGCUUCAUGGGCAGUUUCUAAUCCUGCUCUUGCGACCAGUUCUGGAAACUCCUAAUGAUGGCACAAUCUGCUGCCCAUACCUUGUGCUGAGCCAACUGCUGCUGAUGGAGGCUCUGGCAUGUGCUUCCCAGAGAGGAGCUCAAGACUGAGUCUACUGUUGCGUUUGCUCUACUGUGAUGGGAUUAUCCCAUGGAUGUGUAAAACAGUGCAAUCCUUCAUGCAGUGCAGUGAUGUUUGGUCAUCCCUUGCUCUAAGACUGGUCAGGGUUUUACAAGACUCUGUUAGGUGCUCUAUGUUUUUAUGAAUGUUAAAGGCACAGCCAAAGCAGAUGGUUUCUACACCUUGUUGUGAAGGGGUGGCAAAUCUGGAAGCCAAAGCGCUUGCAUGAAACAGGUUUCAAAUGUUGUCCUUGAUUUUAAUCUCUUAAUUACAGUUUAUUACACACUAAUUUAGCCUUUAAAUUAAAUUCCUUAUUCUGCGCCCCGCUCAGAGUUUAGCAAAUUCAUGUAAUCUUUAUCACAACACCUGUCAUGUCCUUCUUUUGCACAAAAGCAUAAUUCUGGGGGCUGUUUCUGGUUCACAGUGAGAUUUCAGUCUCUGAAGACACUGGAGAAUUGCAGCUGCAUUUUGAAGCACAGAGACAUUAAUAAAAUACUUAAUAAAAUACUAAUUGCACUCACUGACCUUUGGCAUCG